AUGUGUACUGUCUGUCGUGUUGUACUAGACGUGCCUGUGCAGCAGACUGGCUGUGUAGUAGCCGAGGGAAUCCCCUCCGAGUCCUGUGGGCUUGUCCAGCGUUGUGUGAUCAUUCAGAAAGAUGAGAACGGUUUUGGGCUGACGGUGAGCGGAGACAACCCUGUAUUUGUGCAGCUGGUCAAAGAGGAUGGCUCUGCCAUGCGAGCAGGCGUCCAGACGGGUGAUAGGAUCAUCAAGUUUAAUGAAGUUGAAGCGGGCUCCUAUGUGGCUCUCACAGUGCUGGGGAGGCCCCCGGGACUGGCCCAAAUCCCCCUGUCAGAGGGCGAGGGUGUAGACCCAGGGGUCCUGUCGUCGUCCCUCUCCUCACCCCACUCUCCAGGAACAAUGGGGGGAACAGGGGAGCGCUGCUCCACCUCCACCAGUCCCCAGGACCACAUCAUCUCCCCGCUGCCCCUCUGGGAGGAGAAUAACGCUGUACACAGCCAGAACGUGGACAUCUUACAGAAGAUGCUGUCCAAGGAGCAGCAGGACGUACAGGCUAUGAAGGAGGAGUACAGCAGGAACCCCACAGCCAAACUACUGAAGGACAUCCAGGAGGCCAAGAAACACAUUCCUCUGCUGCAUGGCCAGCUCAGAAAGACCACAGGCACACCUCAGGAUGGCUCCCUCUCCCCCUGGAACGGUGAGGGGGGGGGUGUUGGGGCGGCCGAUGGAGAGCAGACCCCCUCCUCGCAGGUAGAGAGCGGCAGCAACGGAACCUGGACCAAUAACACUGUGUCUCCCAGUCCCCUCCCUGAGAGUCCGUGCCAAAGAGAGACCCCCUGCCAUUGCCCAAAGACCACCCCCCGAGACAGCCUCAACUCCUGCACCUCGCCUGACGCCGAGGACACGCUGGACUUGAACUGUAACUUCCAGUGUAGUGUGGGCAGGCCCUUGUCCCGUCUCAACCCCCAGAUCAUCGGAGCAGAGGACGACUACUUUGACACCGAGCAGGAACAGAUCAAUGGUCAGUGUUGUUGUUUCCAGAGUAUAGAGCUGCUCAAGUCUCGGCCCGCUCACCUGGCCGCCUUCCUCCAUCACGUGGUCUCUCAGUUUGACCCUGCACCUCUGCUGUGCUACCUUUACGCCGACCUGUACAAGCAGACCAACUCCAAAGAGACCAGACGGAUCUUCACGGAUUUCUAUACUUUCUUUAUGGACCGAGCAGCGAAUCUGAAAGUAGCUGUGCCUGAGUCUAUUGCCUCUGAACUAGAUCGGCGGAGACCUGAGCUGAUCCCAGAGGAGCUACACAGACAGUACACACAGCUGCUACAGGACACACUGCUACCAGACAUCCAGGGGAACCUAGAGGACUUCAGGCAGAAGCGCAGCAUGGGUCUGACCUUGGCAGAGGGGGAGCUGGCUAAACUGGACACAGAGAGGGUGAGAGACCGCGUGGCGCUGGAUAGAGAACGCUCCUGUGCCGAACAUAUCAUCUCCAAGAUAGAGGACGUCUUGCUGACGUCACAGCCCACAGAAGAGGAGAAGUGCACUACUAUGCAGUAUGUUAUCCUCACAUAUAUGAAACACCUGGGAGUUAAAGUGAAGGAACCUCGUAGCCUAGAGCCCAAACGAGUCCGCAUCAACUUCCUGCCCAAGAUCAAGAAGAGCAUCAAAACUGAGAAAGAGGGGGAGGAUAAGGUGAAGAAGCCUCGUUUUCCCAGCAUCCUCGGCCCUCCUCGUCGGCCCAGCCGUGUGGACUCCACUUCAAUCGGCAAGGCCAUAGAGAUGAACAAGCAGCGGGGCCCCCAGAAGCAGCUCUCCCAGCCCAUCUUAAGCAUCCCCGAUCACCCAGAAUCCUCGGCCCGCGGCAGCCAAUCAAGGGAUCCAGGCUCGGAUGUGGCCACCCACCCCUCGGCCUUCAUCCCAUCACCCCCACACAGUGCCCCAGCCAGCCAGGGCUCCGACCCAAUGGGACGCGAUUCUGACUCGGGUCUCACUCCCUCCUCCGCCCUGCCCAGACUGAGCUCUGACUGGCUCCACCCAGGCGACACCCAGGACAGGAUGGCCCACCCAACCAGCACCCACUUUGAUUUCAGCCCCUGCACCCUGGACCAAUUGCAGGAGGAGGAGCGUGAGAGUGACGGAGUUCAAGAGGGAGGCACACCCAAACCAGCCCGGAGGAUGCAGGGUUUAGGCUGUGCAGAUGUGCCGAGUGAGGACGACCUGGGGAAUGAGAUCGAGUGCAAGCAGGACUCUCCCAACUGGCAGACACUAGUCAGCCGAGAGGUCCUGGCGGGCCUGACACCACAGGAGAUCAAGAGACAGGAAGUCAUCAACGAGCUGUUCUACACAGAGCGAGCCCACCUGAGGAUGUUGAAGGUGCUGGAUAACGUGUUCUACCAGAAACUAACCCGAGACAGCAUCCUGCCUCCUGGAGACAUUAAACACAUCUUCACUAACCUAGAGGAGAUUGUCCAGCUACAUGUGUCGAUAACAGAACAGGUGACAGUCAUUCGGAAGAAGAAUGAGACGUCAGUGAUAGACCUGAUAGGAGACGAUCUACUAGCUUGGUUCAGUGAUGGGGAGGAGGAGAAGAUCAAGCGGGCGGUGGGCACCUUCUGCAGUAACCAGCCCUUCGCCCUGGAACUCAUCAAGACCCGGCAGAAGAAAGACCAGCGCUUCACCUCCUUUAUGCAGGAGGCUGAGAGCAACCGUCUGUGUCGCAGACUGCAGCUGAAGGAUAUCAUUCCAGUGGAGAUGCAGAGGCUGACCAAGUAUCCACUACUGCUGGAGAGCAUAGCCAAGUACACAGAGGAUGCAGCGGAGAGGGAAAAGGUGAAGAGGGCCGGGGAGUGCUGCAGGAAGAUCCUCAACUAUGUCAACCAGACGGUGAAAGAGGCAGAGAACAAACAGAGGUUAGAGGACUACCAAAGACGCCUGGACCUGUCCUCACUCAAACAGAGUGAGAACCCAAUGAUCUCAGAGUUCAAGAGCCUGGACCUGACCAAGAGGAAGAUGGUGCACGAGGGACCUCUCUCCUGGAAGGUCAACAAAGACAAGACAAUCGAGCUGUACACGCUGCUCCUGGAGGACAUCCUGGUGCUGCUGCAGAAGCAGGACGAGCGGUUGGUCCUCAAGUGCCACAGCAAGAACCUGGCGGGCACCGCCGACACCAAGCACAUCUUUAGCCCCAUCAUCAAGCUCAACACUGUGCUGGUGCGCUCGGUGGCCACCGACAACAAGUCCUUCUUCGUGCUGUCUAUGUCCGACAACGGAGCCCAGAUCUACGAGCUAAUGGCCCAGACCGUGUCCGAGCAAAGAACGUGGCAGUGUCUGAUAACGCAGAGGGCAGACACCAUGAAGACAAAACCGCACAACAUCAUACCUUUACCUCAGACCGAUGCUGAGCGAGACGCAGUGGAGGUGAUCAGCACAGGGAUACCCAAACUGAGCAAAGACCCAGACCGCCUUUCCACGGGAAGUAUCCAGUUCGCAGAAAAAUAUGUCACUUCCUCGCCUGGUCUGCAACCCACGCCCACAUCAAUCAACCCAUUCGACAGCAUCAAAUCAGACGACAAGGAAGAAGAGUCGCUGCUAUUGCUAGACAGAAGAGAAGAGGAGGAGGAGGAAGUGGAGGAGGCAGACGAGGAGGAAGUUGAAGCGUUUCUGGUUGGAGAGCUGGCAGACAAACUGCCCUUACUCCAGGAGAGGUCAUGCCAAGGCAUUGCCAUCGACGACCAGGAGCCCCAUGACGCCUUCGUCAUGCCCCCCUCCAGAGCCGAGGAGGCCCUAAGAACCUUGGCAGCCCUGAGGCAGGUCCUUCUCAACCACAUAACAAGCAGAGAGAAGGGCAGCGACAAGAACAAUGAGAAUAGGAAGGAGAAGGAGCAGAGGAAGGGCUUGGCCCAUGGCUCCCGCCUGCUGAGGACCACGUCACUGAGGGGCCCAGAGGACAGCAACAGCAGUACAUUGGGCCCUAGGAGCGCAGCAGCAUCCUCUCCUGGCUCCUCGGAGAACGGCACCUCGGGGAGGGAGGAGGGGGCCCCAGGAUCCUCGGAACUCCCGUCUGGGGACACAGGCUUCUUCGAGACAUCUGAGGACUACGGCAGUUACAUUGUCCUGGGGGGCUCGGGGGAGAGCAGCACAGACGACGACGGUCAGGCGAGUGGCAAGGGUGGAGGCGGGGCCCAGUGGGGCUCGGACAUCGACCUAAAGAAGCUGCUCUCCUCAUCCUCGCAGACAGGGGAUGCUGGCCCCAACCUCAGCCGUCAGGUCAUGACCCACAUCCGCCUGCUGCAGGCCAACCUGCAGCACUUGAAGAUGAGAGUUAGUGGUGACAGAGCCCCUAAUCCUCCACCACAAGAGAACAAAAUAGUGACAUUGACAGGGAGGGGGUCACCUCUCCCUGUCCUCUUGAUGCCCCCCACAUCACCCCCUCACCCCUCCAAUGCUGCUUUGACCUAAAGUGGAGACAGACACCCUGCAGGCACUCCCAGACACACACGGCAAUCAGGGAAGAACGCCACAACUCUCCACAGCCUUCUCACAAGGACCAUUGGACUAUACCCCCCUCAACCACCAGAUAUUUUUUCCUCCUGUGGAUAAGAGUGUCAUCUUCCCAUUGCUCGCAUGCAUUGGGCCUUUGGAACUCAUCACUUUCAAUUUAUCCAGCAGGGUCCAGAAACACAACUGUACGUGAUGCUAUAGUCCAACUUAAAGCACUCCCGUGUGGUGGCUAAUGCUUUGGGCCUAGAGGAUCAUGUACCAUAGCAAAGCCAUACCAAAGUGAGAAGUGUGCAGACGAUCGAUCAAAUUCCGCUAGAACAAAACAUUUUAAGUUUAGAGAAUGGUCAUUGAGAUUUUAAUCAGUGGUUUCUACUAAACUUCAAAACAUAAUAGUAUGUUAAGUUAGCCCACCAUCAUGCCUGUUCUGAAGUGAUUCUUUAAUCACCUAGGGGUGAAUCCUAACUUUCACUUAAGUAAAAUGUUCCCUUCAGUAUGUAUAGAUUUGGAAGUGGAAGUUAGGGUUAUCCCAUUAAGAGGUCCUCAAGUAAUUUAUUGGAUCUCAAGAAAAACAAGCAGUUCUCCAAAAAAAGGAAAAUGUUGUGCAUCUCAAGAAAAAGGACUAGUUCAUUCGGUCUGCUUGAUAGGUCUAUUUUGCCAACCCAGUGAAAUACUGUUAGUAGGUAGUAAGAGCAAUUUUUCUUAAUCUUUCAGCGUGGAUGUUUCUCCUCUGGCUGGCAUAAGUGGCACUUGUGAAGCACUUGUGAUAUAGCAAAAUACGAGAGGACAGUCCGUCGUUCCUGUUAUUGACUUUCCCCUGAAGUAAUGUGGUAUUCAUCCAUUCCUAAUUGACAGUGACCCUCUUAGAUUGGGGGAACACCCCCCCCCCCCACCUAUGGGCCCAGUUGCUGUACGUCUUCCUUUUUCUGUUUUUGGAACUCCAAACUCUGUGUUACUGUACAUCAUCCUUUGGCUACAAGCUACUGAGGAACUCUUCACUCACAAAUGUAGCUUCUGGGGUGAGAACACAGAGCUCUGUGAUUUCAUGGUUGGAUUGAGAAAGUACUGGCACAACAAAUACUGUAUAUUAAUUUCAGUCCAAUGUUAGCCCAGCUGGAAGAAUGUUUAAAUAUGAAGUUGUGGCUUGGAUUCUUGGAUGGAAACAAAGACGUGAACAACAACAAAAAAAGAGACUUCUAUGGACUAUUUUAAAUGUAAAAGAAAUACAAUUAUGUACAAAAAUGACCAACACUGUAUCUCUUAAAGUAAGAGCAAUCUUCAUAUUUCCUUGGUUUUGUUGGUUUUUUCCUUCUGCUUUCUACAUCAUACAUUAUUUUAACAGAAACUACUAAAACAUUUGAAAAAAUAAGACUUCUCCCUAAAAUAUUAAUGUAAUCUGUGUUUUUAUUAUUUUUGUCUAGACUUUACUAUAUUAUUAUGAGCACUAUUAUUAAUAUGGACUCUGGCUCUGAAAACAUACAUUUGACUGAUCUAUUGUUUAAAAUGAACGGAAAGAUUGCAAAAUGUCUUCAUUUUGUUUCAGUUUAUCUUACUGGGUAGAGGGAGGGAAAUGUGAGUUGGAAAUAUGAUUAAAGAAGCUGGCUGGAAA